GUAUACGGUUGUAAAUAGCGGAAGAUUAUGAACUUCAGGCUAUAACGGUAAACACCCUAAUGUGGCAAGUGUUUUGAGUGUUAGUCAAGCAAAGAAUAAGUUAAAAAAAUUAAAUAAUUAGUGAUUACAGUUAAGGAAGCAAACAAGAACAAGCUGAAAGUGCCAAAAAUAGAUGAAACUAUACAUACACACAUACAUAUAUAUUUCCAUAAGUGAAGUACAAUUUUCUCCGCUGCCAAAUGCAACACUGACUUGCAACAUCAACAUGAAUUGUGCCAAAGCAACUCCACUCCGUCGGAGCAGAGUGUGAAGUGUGUGAAAGUGAAUAAGAAAGCGAGAAAGCCACAUGAAGCACGAAGUUCGUCAGAAGUUCAAUGAGUUGAAAAAUCGCAAAAAAUCAAAAAAAAAAAUUUUGAAAUAUUUGCCGAAAAAAUGUUGUCGUGAAUUUCAAUGAAAAUCCCAUGAAAUUCAAGUGCAAAAGUUGCGAAACUGAGUGAACGAUUAAGAAGUGAAUAGUUGUUGUAAACGUGAAAAUUCUUCGCUUUCACAAGGACCCGGAUUACCUUUGAAAGUCGAUGCGAAGCAGCAAGUUUUUGAGCUCAUCAAAGCACAUUAUUUUAGAGCAGCAGACGAAAACAGAACAGACCACAAAGUUGUUGAGAGUGAACAGAUCGACGCACCACAGCUUCCCACCGGAGCCCACCAUUUAUACUCGCAGCCUUCAGCGUCCUCGCCUCCCGCGUUGAAAGAGAGACUUCAUCGACUAGCGCAGCCCAUCUUCCGCAGCUCGUUUGAGUUUUAUAAACUGGCGAGAAAGUUGGCUUCGCACGUACACGGCAAAGUCCCCCCACACGCACCAAGCAGCAGCAACAGUCAGUGGCGCUGGUUGCAUGAUAUAACGAACUUGGAAACUUUUCUAGAGUACUAAGUGCAUUAGUCAGUCGCUUUUUUUCGCUCGUUCGGCGCAAAACAUUUACAAAGUAGAAGAAAGUGAACUCCUCAUCGCAUUGUUAGUGGCGCUGUUACGUGUUUUGCUUCGUUGAAAUGUGUCUCGGCCGACAGCCAUCGCACGGGCUUCUACGCACGACUCCAAGUAUAUGAUUGCAACACACACAUCGCACAGCACUUAGUGGCACAUGUUUUGAGGAGGUAUUUUCCUAACUUCCUGUUUACUGAAAUGGGAACAACAAUGUCCUUGGCACUUGCAACCCAAACUGCAGACGAAUGAGUGCAUGCAAGAGUUGUGGCAAAGGAAGCAGCCGAUAAGAAGGAAAUUAAAAAACAUAACAACAACUACUAAAGCGAACUUUGCGAGGAACUUCACAUCGCAAGAGCCGAUAUACAAAGUGCGCAUUUUUUCUUCAGCAAAAUGACAAGGUGGCUUAUGACAAACAAAAGGGUGUUAACCGCCACUUGGCUCUGUGCGCUCUUGUUGCUGCAGACGCAAAGUGGCGGCACCGCACCCACACAUCACCUGGCAGUUAGUGUGGAGGGAAACACACCGACGCUGAUAGUAACGUCGGCGGAAAUUGGCAUAACGCCAAAAAUUAUGCACGCAACCCGAACCCCAAUGCCCCUGCAUGCCGAGAUCGAAGCCGGGAUGACAACUGUGGGUGUACCUACUACGCAUAGUCUCGAAAUGCAGAAAGUGUCGAAGGGUAGGGUGCAGAAGGUGAAGGGGAAAUCCCAUAAAUCGGUGUACGGCAAGAAGUGGCAUUAUGCCGCCAAAGAGCGGGAGAAAAGCAAAGAGAAGACAGCGCUUACGAGUGUACCCACAGUUGUUGCAAUCAAACCAACCACGGUACAUCCGGGCACUCAUAGGGCCGAUAUAGCGAGCACAAAUGCCGUCAGCUCAAUACAAAAUAUUGAAUCUACAACAAAAACAAACAUCAAAGUAGAGGAUUUACAGGCAAACACAGACGUUGCGAGGACCUCAGCCAACGAGACUGGGGCAGAAUCGAAUGCCGGCUCAAGCAGUGUUGUUGUUGAUGCCAUCAUUAAGCCAAAACAGUUUGACAUAAAACCGGUCGAACAAGAAAAUGGAAGCACGCCAGCCGCCGAGGUGUCUGCGACAAUUGGCAGCUUGCCACAUUCAACUGAGGUGACAACAAAGGCAACGAGAAACAUAAACACUGAGGCACCACCACCAAUAACUACAUUUACAAGCACUACAGUUGCCGAGGUGGGCGUAGCGACAGAAUAUAACGGUGAUUUUCCAUCACCCCAUCCUCGGCGUCUUAAUGGCUUCGGCACGAAGGAGACACCGGCGGCAGGAACCACAACACGCAGAACGAUUUUGGCCGAAAAAGUAACGGGAACACCAGCAUUCAUAGAGCUACAUGACACAACAGCAGCAACAGCAACAAAAGGUACGUCUACCGCAUCAACUACUACAGCAGCAAACGCAAGUGAAACUGCUGCAACUAAAAUGCCAAUCUCGGCGACAACAGCAAAUGUGCCGCAGAUUGCUAUCCAAAUUGAAACGCUGCCAAAGGCGAUAACGGUUACAACUAUGUCACCAGCAACAGUAGCAACAACAACUGCAGUGAAUAUCGAAACAGUUACCAGCACACUUAUCGGCACCGGCAACGGCAAUGGAAGGAGCUUCUCCAUCCCCAUCAGACAUGAAGCAGUGAAGGCCAGCGAAAUGGCAACAACAACCACCGAAUUUCCAAUAACCGAACGCGUAGAUGUCGUCACUAAAAGUGGCCUGGCAGUGUCAACAUCAUCAUCCAUUGUGAGCCCCGCAAUCUUCCGUGAUGUAAUUGAAAAGAGCUCCACGAGCAUCGGCGAUAAGCCGGUGUCAUCAGCCCACCCACCAACAGAAGGCGACACCGACAGAGUAGACAAACAAACAGCCAUGGAGGUGGACAGCAGGACUCCACCACCAAGGACGGAGAUGGCCAACAAGGAAACCAUUUUAAUUUUAACUACAAAAACAACUCUCUCAGAAACCCCAUCGGCAAUACCAAUAACAACAGCAACAACAACAACCAACCAUAGUAUACCAACUACACAAUCAAAACAUACAGCCACACAAAAUGUCAACCCGGAUAGUGGCAUAAUAUUUAUUGACGACGUGUCCGAUAACCAUGAAGACUGGCGAAAAGACGACGCCGAAAAGACGCCGGCUGCAGAGGAGGUGGAAAUGCAGCACGAUGAAGCCAUUAUUGGCAGACACGGCGACGUUAGGAAUGCCAGCGCACACGAAGACACUGAUGCCGCCGGUGGUGGGGGUGGGACCGGCGCUGAAGGCAUCAUAAAACUUAUUGACUUGGAAAAACAUGAUUUAAAAGCGAUUGUGAAGGCAAAGCAGUUCCGCGGCAACAACAAAAAUGACACGUCAGGCGAAGAUGAUGGCCACGAUGGUGUUAAAAAGACGAGGAAAAAGCAACUUACCGCGAAGCAUUAUCUGCCCAUUGCCGGAGUAAGCUUAAGUGCUGAAACUCAUUUCGAAGAUUUAGUGUUUGGCCCUCGAAACGAGACAUCAGCAGAUCGAGCUCACAGAACGUCUCUUUCUGAAGUGAUACACAAGAACCAUAGCACGGUAGGGAUGAGCCAAGGUGAUGUCCUAUCAAAAACAAUACUGCAGGGUGAAAAGGCUACGCAAAUUAUCGGGCUUGAGGGUGCCAAACUUAAGAGCGAGCCCUCACAUUCUCUACAUUAUCACCAAAUUCAAAAAUUCACAACUCCUUCCCCACCAUUAAAACCAGUGCACAAUGGUUACUUAGGUCCAAUACUCAUGGAAAAGAAGCGUUUCACGGUAUUUCACGACGCGAAAAAACUUCAUCAGCACCAUGAGACCUCGAUCGAAACGCAAUUACGUGAGGGAAGUCUCGUUGAAAUUCUAGCACCAACCUCGCUGUUGGAGCAGUCCACAACACAGGCACCAGGGAGACAACUUCUGGCUGGCGCAGUUUCAAUGAGUACGACGACUCCAGCAGCGCCUUCGGCCUCGCCCUUCGCUUUUAUUUAUCCUAUUAACGAACAGAGUGCUCCAAUGCUUUCCACAACGGUCUUUCAAGUGCCAGAGUCCAUGAGCAGCACUACUCGCCUGCCAAUGGGCACCAAGCAUCUUCACACGAACGACACUAGACCAGAGCAAGGACGUUUACGCGAACAGAUUCAGCAACAACGUGAAUUUUUGAGUACACCGAAGUUCGAGAAUAGUGAACGUACCGAGUCAAAAAUAUCCGACAUACAAGUUGAGGUGUAUGACUCGACUGUGGAUUCCAUAGUGGCGUCUACAAAUUUUAAGGAUAGCGAAGGCUUCUAUGCGCUCCCAUUGGAAGCUGAUGCCGAUACACCGGCUGGUACUACUAGGCCACCAAUGCAGCCUCAGGAGCGUUUCACACAAUAUGUUGUCGAUCGAGCCGAUUACGCCACGCAGGAGUCGAGUGCUACGCCCCAACUAAACAUAGCUGCGGGCAAGCCAGAACCUGCUGCUAUUGAAAUACAUAUUAAUGUGUCAGAGGGUAUCGGUAAUGAGAGUGAGGAUUUGGAAUUUUCUUAUAGGCAGCCAGAAUAUGGCAACUCGCGUCCUAACUCCGUAGAUGAGUUAAUGGCGAAGACGGCAAAAGCCAUAUCGAUGAGGCCCAUUACCACCAGCACAAAUGCCCGCCAAAACGAGUCGAAUACACAUGUGAACGUUGAGCGCGGCGAUGAGAUUUUGGUUGUAGAGAUUAUUGACACAGGCGAUAACAUCACAGAGGGCUCACUGAGUGCGGAGAAUAUUAAUCCGAUAUUUACUUUUCGCUCUGAUGCCGAGUCUGAUAUCGAGUUGAAAGACAUUAAAUACCUACCACCCGAGGUUAAAGUGAAGCCGCCACAGAUGUCCGACGAACUCUUUCUGGCUGAUCUGAAGAAAGAAAACGGUUUGCCAAAACCGCCAUUGCCACCUCCGCCACCACCACGCAAGCCGACCAUUGACCGAGACUCAGACACCAUAUUCUAUAUAUCCAAUACCGAGGUGAAAGUGGGCGAGUCCCUACCCACGGCAAACACGAACUAUGAACAGCAACAACAGCAGCAGGAACAAUUGCGCAAGACUAGAUUAGAGAACCAAUUCUUUCCGGCAAACUAUCUAGCGAGCACUCAUCCGAACUCGGCACCACCCCAACUACGCUACGAAGAAGACAUCAUCCUUUCACCCGUACGCAACACCGCAGAUUCGCUAAAGAUAUUCCGCAGCCAAGGCGAUGGCGCACCACCGUUGGACGUCACUUAUGUCGGCGAGUCGGUGAUGGAAGUAGAACAAUCUUCUGGUGCGGGCGCAGGUGUCAGCACUACCAUCGCAACGGCCGCCUUCCCUCCUGGUGCUGUCUCACCUUCACAAAUGCCAGACGUCAUCAUACAGCCUGCCAUUUUGCCCGAGAUGUCGAUUGGGGUGCCGGUGAUAGGUGAGUUGCCGCCACAAAUUGAACUCAAGGAAAUCGAUUUCAUGCCCGACGAAGCAAACCAACAGCAUUCAGGCAUGUACGAGAACAACAUGCUGGAGGAUAAUGGCAAUGGCAAUGCCAACGGUAACGGCAACGGCAACGGUAUCGCCAUUGUGAAUAGCAACGACGUUGAUAGACUUGCCGAGUCUUCCGUACAGUACGGUGGCGAUCUGAUAGAUGAGAGUGCUGGCGGCGGCGGCUUUGAUGGUGUAGAAGGUUCCUACCCAUUCGGAAAUCCAGCUGUAAUGGCGCACAACAACAAAGCAGCCCACCAUGAGGCAGAAUAUGCACACUUCACGGUCAACCAUGGCGUAAAUAAUCUGCGAAAGGAUGAGUUGAGCGUUGAUGUGGCGGCGGUGGGCUCCGGGGAAGUGCCAUCUGGGCAAGUAAAUUUAGAGAAUGGCGGUGAGUUGAAGGAAUUGCUUGCGCGCAACGGUAACGAGACAUUCCCCUUAUCCAUGCUGGCGAAUGGUAGUUACGCUGGCUUAGCGUCGGCUACCGAGCGCAUGAGUAAUGCCACUGCCUACUCAGUGAUGGAGGAAGAGCGGAACGAGCUCGAAUUGUUGCUUAAAAACCAUUAUACACUCGUAGUGGGAGCCUUCAUUGUGUUGCUGCCCGUCGUUUUGACUGCCGCUCUAACUUGUACCAUGUGGCUCGUCUAUCUUAAAUAUUUUGGUUCAUCGAAUACCAGGAACGCCGAUCAGACCAAUGGAAAUGUGGCAAAUGGCAAACAUGGAGGAGAACAUGGAAGCACAGAAGACGAGUCCACCACCGACCCAACGAUUUCCGUCCGACCGAAACAACCGCUACCGUCCUCCGAUGCAAAUCUCAGCAAUGGAAAUUGCAUCAAAGUGAAGCCGAACUUAGAAAGUCAUUCGUCCGUAGAUGAGACAAAUGUAACCAAACCGUCCAGCCGUCCAGCUUCUGCACACAAUGACAUGGACUAUGGUAUCAGCGUUGAUGAUGGGAAGGCGGGGGAAGUGAUGCUGUUGCCGGGCAAUGUGGGCGCGGCCGCAGCACCAACUUCCAUCUCAAUUCCAAUGUCAUCGUUGCAAAAGCCCAUUGAUAACAAUAAGUUGACGACAACUCAAGCCAAUAUUUUUGCUAACAACUCCGUCCAAGAGAACUUUACACGUCCUAAUGGCUCUGUCACGAAGAUGACUUUGAAAAACAAUCACCUGAUCGUUGAGACUGAAGAGCGACACGAUAUAUCCCGCGUCGCGCGUGAAACUAAAAUGCAUUACAACAACUCGGAAAAGGACGGUGUGUUUGUUGUCGAGGUAGCACGCGGCGUCGACUCCAAGAGCAUACCGAACAGCCCAACCAGCGAAGAACCGCGUCCCAUCUACCAAACACCACCGGCAGCUGCAGCUGCAGCCGCGGCCACCUUGCGAACAGAAGAUGAAAAAGUAUUGAGAAACCACGAAGAGAUACAAAUCCACCAGCCCCCACCAGAGACCAUAAUUCAACCGGCAAAUGGUUUCGAAGAAAUGCCCGAACGGAGCCUACAUCAAAUUAUCGAACUGGAAGAACCCACAGUAUCGCCACACUCAUUUAGAGAUGAUUCAGCCAAGAAGGCGAUCUCUAAUCUCGUACGCAAUUCCAAUACAGGACUCUCACAAUCCGACUUGAGUUCAUCAUCAUCCACCGAUUCGAACAAACGAUAUUCAUAUGGCAAUCAGGAGCUCUACACCAUUGAGCCAGCUUCCUAUGCGUCCGGUUCCCCAUCAACCAUUUUACCGCUGGUACGUCCCUCAGCACCUAAUGAGACUGAGGAUGACGAUCGUAGGUCAGAUAAUGGACACAGUCUUGAACAUUCGCCUGCUGCUGCACAGGGAAAUGGCGUCACUGCGCUGGGCAAUGACGGAAGCGUUUGCAAUCAAGAGAUGUCCAAUGAUGUGAAAACCAAUGAGCAGGUAAUAACAGAAAAUGAUGUGAAUGCGGCCAAAAGCAAUGAGGCGGAAUUAUUGCCAGCGAAUAUUGAAGAGACAGAUAUUGUACCCGUUAAUGAGACAGUGUCGCCUGUCGAGGGGAUUUCCGUCGUAGAAAAAAUUGAAGAAGACGGAAAAGACAGGCUGGAUAGUGAUGAUGUGGAGGAAGAAGAAAAUGAGGAGGAGACCACAGAAAUAAAUGAAGCGUUGAAUGAAGUAGCAGAAAAUGAGGACGAAGAAAUAGGAAGUGUAAAAUGUAUAAACAACAAUAACAAAGCAUUAGAGAAUGCAAACGAAGCGCCAGGCCAAAAGGAUGCCGAGUGUAACCAAAUUUCUCAGACGCUGAGCGAUUUUAAAGAUGAAAUAAAUUCAGAAAACGCGCAAAAAAUUGACCAAGAGGUGUUAAUGAGCACACCAGCCGCAGCUCCUCUCUCCUUCGCCCAACCAAUACUUUGCAAUUAUGGCUACGAUAGCAUCAUAAGUCUGCCAGAUCCGCCAUCCACCGAGGAGAUUAAAGAAUUGGGCGAAUUCGUCGGUAUUGAGAAUAACCAAUUGGACUCGCUGCCACCACCGUCGCCACCACCACCACCGAUUGCUGCUGAUAUGAAUGACAACACAGCUACUGAGAACACAACUACAACAACCACAAGCAUCACCGUCACUGACACCGACACCGCCGCCACCUCCACAGUCAAGACUACCACCAACUCUUCCGCCACCGAAGACGCCGUCACUGCGACUCAGUUAAUAUUAAAGGAAAUUUUACAAAACAACCUCCCAGAUUCAACGCCUACUAAAUAUUGCCCAACGUUUGUGACAAACGGUAACUGCCACGGAGACACUACUAACGGCAAUGUUAUGGAGAAUGGGCACAGUUCAGUCGCCGCAAAUGAGAGCAAUGAGAAUGGUCACGAAACAACUAAUGGACGUGAAGUGCAUUUGGAGCUCAGCCCCAACACCGGCGGCGACAAUAACACCGGCACGGGUAAGGUGCCAGAAACACAACUCACACCACCAGAAUCGCCACCGCUUUCAUCGCCCAUACAUUACGACAACAGCGUGAUUGUGAGUACCAUCAACGGCAUGAAUGGGGUCAACAGAGGCAUUUGUGGGGAGCCGCUGCCCAUCGCCGUCGAUGUUAACGGUAGUUAAUACGAAUGUCGAGUAGCGGCACUGACUCUCUGCAGCAGACCUUAAAUGAAGUGAGCUUCUUAACAGUGGUUCGGGUCCAUAAUAAGCAAUGCGUGAUGUCAGUGUUUUCAUGAGUAAUGAGAGGCGCAGCGGCUUAUGGUACUCGGAGGGUGUGUAGAGAAUGUCACAACUGUCGAAUGCCGAGUUUCGCGAGCAAUGCAACGAACGAACGAAUCAACCGACCAAACUUAAGUUGACGCGCGAAGUAAAGCGUGUGGCGGCGGUUGGCGGUUUGCGAUCUGGUGAGGGAAGCACGUAUGUACAUACAUACGUACAUUAGUAUAUAUGCAAAAGAAUGAAUAUAGGAUAUUUAGUAAGUAAAAUGCGUAUUUGUAUGUUAGCGAGUAAGUUUUUACGAUACUUAGUCAAUGGCGGCGGUCCCAUUUUAUAAAGCGAUAAAAAGUCCCACAAAUUGCAAUAUACUCUCCAAAGGAAUAUAAUCCCUAAGUCUUCAAGCAGAUGAUAGAUCGAAACAGAUGAAAAAUAGUCUAAGAGAAAGGCGAAAACAAAGAAAGAAAAAACGGGGUCGGAAAUGAGAACGGAGAAGGCUUUUGAACCACAGUCAGCGUUAAGUAAAUUCAAUAAGCCAAAAAAGGCUAAAGCUCAAAAUUUAGCAACGAUCAGCAAUCAAUUAGAAAUAAAAUUCUUGCAGUUGUAUCGCUAAAUUUGAAAGUCUUAAAUGCACAAAGACAACUAAUCUUUUACAAUUUCAUACGGCAGUUCUGUGCAUUGAGACAGUUUCUGCUACACUUCCGAUCUUCGAACUUGUGAAAAUUUAAGUUUUUAUCAUUCACAAUAGCAAUCAGAAAGCACUUUUAAGAAGACAAAAAAAUGUAGGGAACUUUUUGAAACCAGAUAGGCAUUCGGAAAUUAAAUGCAGAUUAUGAUCUUAAUGCACAUCAACACUGUCGUCUGUCAAUGUAACUGAUUCUCAAAGGCGAUAAAUAUUAAAAAGUAAUUUUGGAAAUUUCUGGAAACGCUAAAAGUCGCUAAAUUUAAUGCGCUUUCUGCGCAAAAUGAUUCAAUUUAUUAUGCUUAGACUUUUCCAAAAUUGUUUCACUCAAUUUUGAAACUAAUGCAGUAAACUUUUAAAUUUUUUAUCGAAAUUCGCACGAAAAACCUUCUCCGAUUAAGACCAAAAUACCCUACAAAUGGUUAAACGGAAUGAGAUUCGCCAAUAUAUACUGAAAUAUAGUUGUAAUAAAAUAUACAUAUACAGGCAUAAAAUAUUUAAACAAAAAUUAACUGCACACCGAAAGAAAAGGUGUCGAUAAAUACCAGAAACAAACGAAAAUUAACAGAAACUUUCACAAAGAACCCGUUAAUCCAAUAAACCGAUUAAUUGCCGAAACUAAAUUUAUUAGCCCCUUUCCUCAGCUAAAUUUAUCGAACUAGCGAAGUUCUGUAGUACUUUUUUUUUAUAUUUGACUGAUAUCUGAGUCGAUCAGAUGCAAAGCAAAAAUUAAAUACAUUUAAAUAUUUAUAGUUGUAAUUGUUAAAAGUAAUAGUUUUUAAUAAUUUUUCAAUUUUCUGUACACAUACGACAUAAGCAACUGAAAAGUUAAUUCACCUUUCAUCGCUUUAAGAGUAUUUUUUUGGGUUUUUUAUAAUUUAAUCGAUUAAUCGGUUGAACGAUAUGAUUAUUAUCGAUUUUCGAUUUUAUCUUUAAUUUUUAAGUGAUCAAACCAUAACCAUUCUGAACAGAGUUUGACUAGUUGUAUUCCAUUUACUACAGCCCUACAUAUAGCCUUUUAGAAACACAAGUCCCGUUAAUUAGUACUUUUGGCUCGUAGUUUUGUAGAAUUUCAAACACUUCUCUAUAAACAAAAAAUAUAUAUUUGCGCUUAGGGAUUUCGUAAAUCGCAUUUAAUAUAUAUGUAUGAAUAUAAUAUAAAAAUUGUAGAUCAAAAUACACACAUACACAUACAUACAUAUUUAGAUUGUAUUUAUUAGAUGUCUAGCAAUAGCAGGAAGACAACUUCAAAAGUGAAAAAGUGAAAAAGUUCAAGUGUUGAACAAAAACCUAGUACCAGAAAAUUAGCCAAAUUUUGCCAGUAAUUUAUUGAAUCCAAGGUAUGUAAUCGAGAAUUAAUUAGAAAAACUGAAAGUCGGUAGCGUGAAAAUUUUAGUUUUUGAAUAAAAAAAAACAGUUGUUGAAACCCCUCUCAAGGUCCUUCUCAGCUCCAACAAAAAGUGUCAAAUAUGUACCAACAGUGUUUCAAUCCUUAGCUACACACUUGCACACCUGCACACCUACACAACCCUUAACACACACACACACAUAUAUAUAUAUAUAUAUAAACAGAAACCUUAGCCUAUUUGAAUGUCUAUUCUACGAUAUUAUUAAUUAAUUAAUCCACUAAAACCGAUGGAACCUAAAAACAGAAUAGUUUAGAUAAAGAAGCGAACAGAAAUCGUUUCGAUGAUUCAAAUCAAACAGUAGAAAAUUAAUAAUACCGGUAAAUGAUUUGAAUAAAAAUAAAUGAUGAGCCAAAUUACAAAAAAUUCGCACACACAGACGCUCGCACAGAGCGACGAUCGAAGAGGCAAAAGAAUGAAAAUGUGCCGAUUUUUACAUUUUACAAAAACUUUACAUUUAAAAUAAAUUACUUGAAAGACGUGAAAACGAAAAGCUCGUUUGCCAAAGAGAGAAAGAAUAAUAAAAGAAAAGCGAAAAUUUUCUAAAAGCAACAUGAAGAAAUGACAAAACAGUUACACAUUGCCCGCUCGGUGAGAGAGAAACGCCAAAAAAUAUGCAUUGGGAGCGGAGCUUCUAAAAUGAGGUUAUGUAGCGGAGGCUGGUGAGGAAUAAUAGUGACUCUCAGUGACUGCUAAAUACGUAUGUAUGAACAUAUAUAUGUAUAUGUCUGUAUACAAACUCAGAAACAUAGAUGCAUAUGCAUUUUAUUAUUUACAUGAAUAUGAAUAUUGACGAAAUGCACAGGAAGGAUAUUAAAUAAAUAUAAUAAAUAAAAAAAAAAUUGUUUAUUGCAUACAUAAAUUUUUAAAUUUUAACAAUAAAUAGUUAUUAAUUCAUAAUGGCAGAUAAUUAAUUGAAAUGGCAAUGCAACAGCCGAUUUUGUAGGCGAUAAUAAUGAGUUUGCCCAAACCAAAUUAAGCUGCAUUAAAAAAAAA